AUGGAUAGGCUAAGGAAAGAAAUGUCUUGUAUUGUGCAAGGUGAGACGGAACCACUCUAUGAGUAUUGGGAACGGUUUCGCAAACUACUAGAUGCGUGCCCUAAUCACAUGCUCGACACUCAAGUAUUGCUUGGAUACAUAUGUCAAGGGAUGCGAGAGCAAGAUAGAACCCUCUUGGACACUUCUAGCAAUGGUUCUUUGUCCAAAUAUAAAACCGCGGAGGAGGCAUGGCAACUUAUUAUUGACUUAGCCGAAUCCAAUCAACAUAUGAAGCGAAGAGUCAACCGUCCAAGGACCGUGAACGAGGUAUCAACUAGUAGUGAAGCUACCGCUCUAACUCAAUCCUUGAAUGAGAUGACAUCCGUUUUGAGGCAACUCCAAUUGAACCAACAACAACUACAACAACCUCAAUCAUAUCAACAACACCCUCCACCACCUCAACAACACAACCAACAAUUGGUCCCUCAAAGAGUAUGUGGCAUUUGCUCUUGCUACUCUCACCACACGGAUGAGUGCCCAAGCCUUCAAGAAGAUAACACUUUGGCGGCUGUAAGCUUUAGCUUAGAGGAAGCAAUGAAGCAUCCACCGGAGAAUCAUUCUCUAUUUCGGUGUGACCCAAUCGAUAACAUAGUAGCCGAAGUGCAUCUUGCAAGAUUAGAUGAGAAGUGCAUGGUCAAAGAAGCAAAUGAAGAGUCGAGCGAACCAAACACCACACACCAUACAAACCAUCCGGAAACUCAAACUUCAAAGAAUGACAAGAAGAUGGAAUUGAAGCCACUACCACCUCACUUAAGGUUUGGAGAUAUUUCCAAGAAGGACGAAAUUCCCCAUCAAAAUAUGCUUUUUUGCGAAAUCUUUGACCAUGAGGAAGAGAGAAUAGAUAUAGAAGAGGUAGUAGAAGAGGAGACACCACAAGCCAUAGUUGAGGAUGAAGCCCAACCAACAAAGGAGACAACCAAGGCCAAAAGAACCUUGGAAGAAGAAAUUGCUCAACCAAUUCCAUUUCCAACACUUGCAAAGAAAGCUAAAAAGCGCAUAGAACUCGACCCAAAAAUGGUAGAAAUGUUCAAGAAAGUUGAGCUAGAUUUUAAUGACAACUCCCCUUCAUUGUUGACUUCAUUUGCUAUAGUGCUUAAGUGGCUGUAUGGAGGGGGGGUUUGA